CCAUCAGUGCUGUGGGGGUGACUGUUUUGGGCCUCAAACGUGACACAGCACGCGCGGUGUUCACCGCUUCCAUGGCUCGAUCUUGGACUCCCGUGUUGGUGGCCAGCGCCUCUGCCGGAGCAGUUGGCGCCUUCUUCUUUUGGCGCUACACACGGGCCGCGAAGGCUCAUCUUCAUGUCGAAGAAGAGCCACAAGAGCCCCAGCAUGAAGAUCCAGAGAAAGAAGAAGGGUAUGUUGAGGAGCCUCAAAUACUUGAGAUCGACUUCUGCGUGGAAGGUGAGUUGCAGCAAUGUGAGCAUGCCUUGGGCGUAGUGCAAUGCCUACGCGCGGAGAGAGGCUCCAAGCAGAAUGUCGAGUUGGAUGCUGCGAUCAGCGCAUUGGACGAGUUGCUUCCGCAGUAUGCAGCCAAGCUGCAGGAGAAGCGUUGGCUCGCCUCAAAAGCAUCGCUUCUGGACAGCACCUCAGAGGCUCUUCAGCUCCUCUUGCUGGCAGAUGAUGAGCAGAACCUGGAGGCAGCGGCAAAGAGUGGCCGAGACAUCCCAGAACUCGUUUUUGCAGCACAAUCUUUGAACAAGAUUCUCACUUCCAGUGGAUGCUGUGGAGGCGGAGGAGGCUGCAGCAGUGGAGGUGGCUGUGGUGGAGGUGGCUGCGGAAGCAAGAGUGGAGGGGGCUGUGGUGGAGGGGGCUGCGGCAGUAAGAGUGGAGGAGGUGGUUGCGGCAGCAAGAGCGGAGGCGUCUGUGGCGGAGGUGGCUGCGGCAGUAAGAGCGGGGGAGGUUGCGGUGGCAAGAAGAGUGAAGGAGGCGGCGGUUGCGAUGAGAAGAAAGGCGACUGCGGUAGCUGCAGCAAGCAGGGUGGUUGCAACCAAAAAGCAGAGGCUCCCCAGACGAAGGUGAACGACGCUGGGGUGGUGCGUGUGUUUGCGUGAACUUGCACGAGCGAAGUGUUUAAGCCUUUCUCCUGCCAUGAGCGUAGGAAGGAUUUUGGCCUGCGAGACAGGCAGUGUUCCACCGUGAAGUUCCCCUGAUGAAAAAAGGGUCAG